GCUUAAUCGGUUGCACGUUUGCCGAGCCAGGAUGAGAAGGUGAAGCUAUGUCAAGCCAGGUGUAGAUAGUCGGGAUAAGUACACGUCCACGGCGUUCUUAAAUAGACCACGGUAUCGAUCACAGAUUCACUGAUUCAGAGAUGGAGAAGACGCGUGCGGCAUAUUUUUCACCCGAGGAGCAGCAACUAAUUAUGGAAAGUUAUGAGGAGUGACUUAGCUCAUCACAUUGCUCUGGGCCAGUGGACAACUAAGUUUGGCAAAGACAUUGAGGUGCAUCUCUCCAACCACGGUUUCCCUCAUCAAACUACUGUAAAUUCUUGUGGCAUCUUAAUGUUGAUGUAUGCACUCAGCCUGAGCACAGAGGCUCCAUUUUGGUUCAUUGAGAGGGACAUGGCACGCAUCCGAAAAUGGUGGUGCAUUAGUCUAAUGGAACGGUUCCAGAUUGACGGCCAUGGACAGAGGUUUGCAUACUGGACUAAUGAGGCCAGAGCAUUGCUCCAAGGUUCACUGCAGCCGAUAUACAGGGUCCCAAAGGUCAGCAAGAGGGAACAUGAGGUGUCACUACAUGGAGCAGGUUUUCUGAGUCCUAAAGAAAAUAAUUCUACACCAUGUACACCGUGGACACCUGUCGUGAAUGUGGAAUGCUUUUCAAAAACUGCACACCUGGAUAUGUUGGAACAGGACAAAGGGGUGUACUUGAAGCAGUUUACUCAGAAUACCCACAUCCAGGUUACUGCGAUCACUUUUGCCGCCAAAUGCAAUAGUGAGAACGGACACGUAUACUACCUGUUGGCAGACAACCCUGAGCCAGCUGGGUGUUUUUCAAGCUGCAGGCCACCGAAACUUGGGAUUUAAUUUUGAAUUCUCCAGUGUUAUUACAGACUGUUAAUUAAUUGUUUAUGUCAAAAAAGAGAUGUCAUAUGUUUAAACAACCUUUGGGUGAACUUUUUGUAUAAUUUUAAAAAUGUUAAAACUAACAUCUAUUGAGAGUCUACUUUAUGCUUUUUUGGUUUUAAUAACGUCCUGUUCAAUGUGUAAUAAAAUUCAAAUCCUCUGAA